CUGAGCGACUGUGAGGCACUAGUGUCAUGUACCGUGUUUCUGUUCCCAAUCCCCGAAAACCCCAUAAACACAGAACAUUAAACCUUCCCGAAGGUGGUGCCAGCAGCUCGCUGUGUGAGCGGCUCAGGGACAUAUUCCGCUCAUUUCCUGAGACGGAGCGUGGAGGAGGACUAACACCGAGCAUCAUUCUCCAGGAGAUAGAGCCGGAGGUGCUCUUCUCCCGCCCGGGCAACAGGAGCCGCGGCCCCCGGCCUUUUUUUUGUUAGUAAAAUCUGUGAUUGUCUGAUUUAUUAUGGAGAGAAGGAUAGACAGCGACAGAAGGAAAAUUAAGAAUCCCAGCACAUCUUCAGAAGAACAGAAAACAAGAGACAGAGGAAAAACAAAAAGAGAAAGAAAACGAAGCAGAAGUAGGUCCUCCUCCACAACAUCAUCAUCAAGUUCAUCCUCUUCAAGUUUGUCGUCAUCCUCAAGAAGCAGAAGCAGGUCUAGUAGUAGAGAUUCCCAGAAACGAUCAAAAAUAAAGAAAAGGAAGAAAGAAAAACAACACAAAAAGGGGGGGAAGAAAGAGAAAAUAAAGAAGCACAAGAAGAAAAAGAGUGUGUGUUCUGGGCCUGUUCAGAUUUCUAAGUUCCUGAAAGACAGGGGCAAAAGUGAUGGCUACAGCAUGAUUACAGGAAAGAAAAUAAAAAUGAAAGUUAAGAAAACCAAAGGUGAUAAAGAGAGAGACCGAAAUCGAGCUGAACUCCUUCAGUUCCUGAACUCUGCAAUGUAAGGAAGAAGUACAUCAGUGGUAUUUCAAAAUAUGAAACACAGGGUCUGAUAAUCGCAGGAACUUUGUCAUUGAAGCGAAGUAUGGAUAGCUCAGGGAAAACCCCUUCAAAAAUGGAUGCAGGAAAUCUUUCAGUUAGAGAUAUAAAGGUCACUUUGAGAUAUGAAUGUAUGAUUUUGCAAAAUUUACAUUAAAGAGCAGAAACAAGACCGGCAUUUUUCAGGAUGUUUCUCAAUGUUUUACCACACAGCCCUUGGAAAACCUAUUAAAAUAACUCCGAUAAUUUGAUCUCUCAAAAAAUUGUCCUGUUGGAUAGAAUUUCAUGUUCUGACAAUGUUCACAAAAAUUAUACAUUCCAAGGUAAUGAGAAAAUGCAGGGGAAGGCACAUCAUGACAACAUUCUAUUAAUAUAAUUAGGGAAUAAGGUUUGCAAAUGUGUUAUCUGACUGUAGAGUUUAAAAUGCUGCAUCAAAGUGUCUCUGGGGAAUCCUCCAUAAUUAGUAAUUAUUGUUAUAAGUCAUGAAUUACCAGGUAAAAUUUUGUGAAGAUUAUGGAAGUUAUGCUUCAAUCUCUUCUUUUUGAAAGCAAAAUUAUUUUGUAACACAACAUAAACUUAUAGCAUUCAAUCUCUAUAAUGAAAUCUUUUAGAAAAAGAUGAGCUGAAGCCUAACAGAUUUGUCUUUAUUUGAAUACUGUGUGCUGAAGGAAGAAUGAGAAAAGGGAAACUGUGUCCUAACCAAAUACAGAUCAUUGAUGGAAAUGUAACACUAAAUCAAAGAAGGCAUUCAAUUCCUACAAUUUCAGCCUUCACGCCAUGUUUUUAUGUAUGUGCUCAUAAGAAUUAUGCUUGAUUAUACUUUGAAUCUGUGCUUUAACUUUUCAUGUCCAUUAAAUUGAACAAGUUUUUUUUCA